AUGUCUCAUCGCAACUCAAAAGCCACAUCACCACCACCAGCAACAAUGACUGGACUCCGAAGAUCAUCCAAUGUUGAAGAGGUAAGCGAAUUUAGAUUUUUUUCUAAUCCAAAUUUUUCCCAAAAUGAAGAAUUUCUGAAGAAACGAUCAAUCUAAAAAUAUUAGUUGACAAUCAGAAUUAAUUUUCCAGCGACCGAGUCAGCCAAUUCGCUGCCCGCUCUCCACUCAAAAUCCUCAAGUUGAGCAUCAUCAUCGACGUGUUGCUGAUUUGCCGAACCAGUCACCCAUCGAUAUGUUGCCAACGACUUCUGAAAACAGUCAUCAGCGAGUCGGAUUCCAAUUUAUCGUUUGAGGAUGCCGAACGAUAAUAUGCCACAACCAAGGAGUUCCGCCCCGCCAAGCGAAACUUCCCGAUCGUUUAUUCACAUGGAAGAUGGAAGUGUUCACAUUCACAACCAGGUUCUGCGCUGAUCGCAAUAUGAUUUGUAUAGGCGAAUUCUUCAAUCGGUCGGAAAUAAUGGGAAUCAACAAGAAGCAUAUCGGCUCGAUGAUCGAUUGCCUCAUUCUCCACGACUACCACACGAUCAAGCAUAUCGCGACACUGACGAAGAUGUGCAAGACAUUAUGGGGCGUCCAGGACCAGGAACAAUCCUAAAGUCGGACAACUUCGAAGGCAAUUAUUGUCAUUCGAUUUCAAUAACAUCAGCAUGCUUCAAAAAAAUUCUCCAUGUCGAGCAAAAGGAUGGGAAGAUAUUCACUGUUUUAUCGAUCCGAACAUAGUUGAAAUCGAACACGAUGCGAUCAUUGAUAUAUCACAUCGAGCUCAAUCGUCUCAUGAUCGUGAAAUGGCGGCUCGUCGACACAGGGAUGCAAUGUUUUUGCGAGCUGCGAUACUGUUUUCAACGCAGUACCAUUUUCUUCAAUGGGAUCCACAACUGCAGCAUCUCCCUCCAGCACCGGCCUUAUCGAACGGUUACACCAUCUGCUACAACAAACAGAAAACGCGCCGCCGCAGCUUGUGCUCCAUCAAAUCAAACUGCACCACAGCCCGAAAGAAAUUCGCUAAGAAACAGUUCGGGACCCACUGCCGUUUUCUAUGUGCCAGCAAUUCAACCAAUGCCAACAAGAUCCGGACGAAUGGCAGCCACUGUCGCUUCUGCAUCAAUUCACCAGUAUUAUGCAGACUUUGAAGCAGGGUAUCAAAUACCGUUCCACGAGUUGGAGGAAGACGAAGUGUUGCCAAUUGUUAAACUCCACUGGACAGAGUUAGAAGAUUCAAUGGCAAUCACUAAUUUCGUGAGUUUUUUUUUUUCUAAAGUAACAAGUAAUAAUUUACAUAAUUUUCAGCGCAAGGCAGGCACCAGUGGCAACAACUUCCCUGGUGCCAAAAUAUGUAUAUAG